AUGUCUCAUUUACUAGCAGUCAAGAAGAUCAUCAAAUACGUCAAAGGAACAGUGAACUUUGGUAUUGUCUUCACCAAGGAUACCAAUACCAGUCUGAGCGGGUACUGCGAUGCUGAUUGGACAGGCUCUGUGGAUGAUCGUCGAAGUACAAGUGGAGGAUGCUUCUUUAUGGGCAACAAUCUGAUAUCGUGGCACAGUAAGAAGCAGAACAGUGUCUCAUUAUCAACCGCUGAGGCUAAAUACAUUGCCUUGGGCAGCUGUUGUACACAGCUCAUGUGGAUGCGUCAAAUGUCCGCCGACUAUGGAACUGGAGCUAUGACAGAUCAUGGAAAUCCUGGAAGAUAUAGAAGAUCAACAUACUGGAAAAUUGUGGGAAAUAGCUGCCUGUCAUGCCGGUCUAUCCAUCCUGUCAAACGUUGUCAUGAUUUGAGGAGGUCAAAGAGAUGUGAAGAGACAUGCACAUGCAUUCUGAGGUUCAAUGACCUGGGAAAUGACAAGCUUAGAAUCAGUGGCUGA